CCUAGUUUCAAAGGCGCCGCCUCUAAACUUCACACAGGACAGACAGCGUGUGGAAAAGUCGAGAGUUGAGAAUGACAUCGGAGUUGGUGUUACCUCCUGGCUUCAGAUUCCAUCCGACGGACGAGGAGCUCGUCGUGCACUACCUUUGCCGGAAAUGUGCGUCACAGCCGAUCGCUGUGCCGAUUAUAACCGAAAUCGACCUCUACAAAUACGAUCCUUGGGAACUACCGACCAUAGCGUCCUACGGAGAGAAAGAGUGGUACUUCUUUUCACCGAGAGACCGGAAGUACCCAAACGGCUCAAGGCCGAACCGGGCGGCUGGGACCGGUUACUGGAAGGCGACCGGAGCAGAUAAGCCGAUCGGGAAGCCGAAGGCGCUCGGUAUCAAGAAGGCUCUGGUGUUCUACUCCGGAAAGGCUCCCAGAGGAGAGAAAACCAAUUGGAUCAUGCACGAGUAUCGGCUGGACGUGGAUCGCUCGGCUCGCAAGAAGCAAAGCUUAAGGCUGGACGAUUGGGUUCUGUGCCGCAUUUACAACAAGAAGGGCAGUAUCGAGAAGCAACAAUUGCAGAAGAUGAACAGCUCGGCAACGGAGGACACGAAGCCGGAGAUUCUGACCGGCGGUAGGACCACGUUGGCGGCACAUCCCGCUCCUCCGAUGGCUGCGAAGUCGAACGAUUAUAUGUACUACGACACGUCAGAUUCGGUGCCGAGGCUGCACACGGACUCGAGCUGCUCGGAGCAAGUGGUGUCGCCGGAAUUCACGUGCGAGGUGCAGAGCGAGCGUAAGUACUGGGAAAAGUCACUGGAGUUCCCAUAUAGUAGUACCAUGGAUGACACCUUCGACGGCGGGUUCGGGUCGCAAUUCCAGAGUAGUAAUCAGAUGUCGUCGUUACAAGAUAUAUUGACAUACCUGCAGAAGCCGUUCUGAUGUGGGACGUCUUUCUAGCCCGUACGAGGCUGACGACAUUGGUAGAUGGAGUAGGGAUUUUAAUAAUUUUGUCUCAUUAAAUACAUUUCAUAAUAUUUAA